AUGGCGGAAGCCCAACUAGAGGCUGGAGAACACUACUGCGACACGAUGUCGCAUGAUGAUGCUGCACCUGAAUAUGACGACAAUGAUAACGACAACGACGGGAUAGAUAUUCGUGAGGGUAAGCAGUUGGAGGACAGUGAGCUGUUUUCAGAUUUCUUCCAGAGCUGUGGCCCGCAGCGCGGUGUCACCAGUCAUAAACGCCAAGACCAUCGUACACGAUCCGAACGAUAUCGUCAUGCACACGCUGCAUGGACGCAGCAGAUGACGGCCCUUGUUCAUGCUUAUAUGUCAUGGAAACAUCGGUCACGUCCAGAACACGCCACAGAUAAUCAACCUCAAGCACUCGAUGAGCAUAUCUUUGGUGUGUCUGUCAUUGGGCUCUGGGCAGAUUUUAGACCUAACGUGAAUGUUGCCCAACGGCCCGACGAACCUGCCAACUCAGCGCUGCUGCGCAUGGGCUUACUCGGCUGCUCGCCAGUGCAACCAACAGUCGCUAUUGAUCUCACAUGCCUAGAACUUUAUCAUCAGAUUCGCCGUCGUCAAUCGUCAUUUAGCAUGCAAUCGAUUACGAAAGUUCUCUGCGCGCUUCACAAUGUAACAUAUUCGCAGUACUUACGCAAUCAAUUUUUGAUUGCGUUUGACAUCUACCUCGAAAUUCAACGACUCAUUCAACUACAGGUCGACCGUGCACUUGGCAGAGACCACGCUGACUGGCAUAUGUCAGGCGCUUGUCCAUGUUGUGCCUUUGAGCAACCGAACAAGCCACCACUUAAUCCCCGAAGACUUCACAGCAUGGACGGCAAUCAUUCCGCCAAACGUCUGGAUGGUUCUGGCUCAGCAGAUGAGCGCAUCUUCAACAGCAAAUAUUUCAUCCCCACGAUUGCGGUGGAACUUUUCAGAGAUGAUGUUCGCAAUCGGCCUGGUGAACAUCAUAGUGGUGAGACUGCUAAUUGCACAGAAAAUUGGACAGCUGCCAAGUCUGUGGAGGAGAACAAAAUUUUCGUCUUCGAGCAAACUGGCAUCUUUAUCUUGGCGUGUCGCCAUGGCUUUGUAGAAUGCGUUGUUGAGAUGAAACGAAGUGGAGAGCUUGCCAAGUAUGGACUCGCCGUGACCAAUCGAUUACUUGACAUCUGCGGGAAUGACCAAGCUCUGGGCCAUGACAUUGGCUGUUCAUCGCGCAAGACCAUCGCAGCGAGUUCUAUUGGGGCGAGAGCCAAGGCACUAAAUCUUAUUGUUGCAGUGAACAGUUUUCAUGGAUAUGCUCAUAACCGCCGCUGCCAGCUGCAAAAUCAUCCCUUGUACCUCGAAGGUUUCGGCAAUGAGGAUCUAGAAACCUGUGAACGUAUCUUCUCAAGUUCUAAUAGUGCUGCAGUUCUCAUCCGCCACGCGUCCCAUUUUCAUUGGACGCAAUUUCUGGAUCUUCACUUUGACCAAUGGGAUCGCGACAAGUAUCUCGAAUUAAGUCGCUUCUUAUGCAAUAAUUAUGUCCAGGCGCUCAAAAUCAUCGAAGAUUAUAUGCCCUUGCUUGAGGAGUUCAAGUCCCGGAAAUCGCUUGCUGACCGAGACUUCAUCCAGUGGCAUCAAGAAGAAGUCGAGUUUCUUAGCAACUUAGCUAUUGAACCACCAUCCGAUGUCCUUGCAGUGGCAUACAUUGAGGAGCUUGAAAAGCUUCGGCUCGCUGAGUCAGCGUAUGGCAGCAUGACAUCGGUGCCUUUCCUCACGUAUACACCCACCAGCUUUACGCAAACUUCAGGUUUGAACGCCAGUGCUCGGCGGCAGUCAAGAACAGUCGAAGCAGAACGCGCAUCAGUGCUGCGCAGAUAUGAGUUGCAAAUGAACGUUGUGGAUGAUUUUGAGCGGCGGAAUGGCAUCAAUGAAUGUUGGACAAUAGCGCACCCUGAAUACACUCAGGCACUGAAGUAUUCUCACGAGCGCCGCUUCAUUCGGACUGUGGAGGAAUUAGAGGGCCUAGUCGUCCAACGCUUAUUUGAGUUUUCAAAGGCCAACCUCGUAGGCACAGGAGGUUACAAAAUGCGGAAACAUAUUUCCAAAGCCAUCGCACGUCGAUCUGCCGCUAUUCGCUCAGCGCUCGAGAAGUACAACAAGUUAGCCCCUCUUCAAACACCACCUCGGCCCGUCCUCGAUUAUUCCGAAGUUGUGGGGUAUGCUACCCUUGGGGAGUUCUCGCUUCUCAAAUAUUCUCGCCAUGACCUCCUUUCCAAGCCAUGGGCCAUCCCUGACAAUCGGGAAAUGGCAGCUAGAUAUUUCAAGGUGGUGAGGUCGCAUGAGGAGAUUACCCGCUUAAAUGUCGAAAUACGUCGCCUCGACGCUUGGGUCGAGUAUGAUGACGCGAAGAUGCUAGAAGUCAUUGAGACGUUAACGGUUGAGGAAGCUGACUCCCUUCUUGCUGCAGAGUUCAGACAACAGUACAAUGAACGGCACCGCAUCAACAAUAUUCACCGCCAUCGUUUGAACAAGAUUCGUUACCUCAAGGGCUACAGUGGCCCGGCUGCAGCACUGUUGCAUGGUUCUGUGGAGAUGGAGAACUUGGAUGACGAAAGGGAACCAGUUGGUCUCGGGGAGAAUGACGAGUUGAACGACGAAGCUUUCCGUCUUGAAGAUGCCAUUUCUCACCUUUAG